AUGCAUCCCUCCUGCCGGCGUUAUCCAUUGCCUGCACGCCCAGUCCGUGAACCAGGUACCCAGCCGAGGACAGUUGUACAAUGGGGUUCAUCCUAUCAGCAGGGCGUGCAUAACUUUGCGUUCAAGCACGAGUUGGCAGCUGCUCUUCUUGAAAGGCGUAACUGCUGUAAUGUACUGGCGCGCAUUGCCAAUCAUUUUGCAUUUGUAAAUGCAGGCACGUUUGACAUGGUUUGCCUGCGGGAUGACAAUGAUCUACAUCACUUUGGCCCAAUUGAGAUGCUUGCAUAUAUCGCGCCUCUCAACUGUGGCCGUCGCAGAGGCUGUAGGUACCUCUCGGGUCAUACACCUCUUUACCGGCGCAGUCAUCCCCAUGUCUGGUGGCUAGAAGUCUGGAUUUACGGCAAAGAAUCAAACACCAUGUACAUGCUUCAACACCCCAACCCAGCGUACAAGCCAAUUUAUAUGGAGACUGUACAAGACUGGAAUAAUGGCCCUCCCGGAGAGUCAAGUAAGCUCAAGCUAUUCCAGUCUGUAGACCUCAGUGCGCCACGCCCUCAUUGGAUGAGCCCAUGGGUGUUCAAAAUGCUGCUCCUUGAAACCCGCUUGAUUGUGCAAGGAACGUCCUACCCUUUGGAGGGGACCGAUGAUGAACAAGAUGCGGAUGGAGUGAGUGAUGCCGGGUCACUUGUUGACCAUGUUAAUGAGCAUCAAGUUCCUACCUCAUCAUCGUGGGAUUGGGACUUGCCUUCCUCCGCUCAGGAAAGGGAGGAUCUACCGGAGGCAGAGGAUACGUACGUCCCUAGCCCCCUGUUUACUGAACAGGAAUCCAACAAUGGUGCAGGAUGGAGUCCUGUUUUCACCGGUGACAAUGAUGACGUGGGCAGCGUUGCAACUGGUUCGCCGUUGUUUACCGAGGAGGAUUGA